AAGGAGGAACAAGUGAGAUGAACAACAAUUUUUGAUCUAUUCAGUUUCCCCACAUACUAAAUGGAGCCUUUCAAAGGAAACUUCUCAAACCUCCUCAACCAAGGUUCCUCAAGCCAAGCAACAAAUAGUGAGGCCCAAAACUCCCUUUCUACCCAAUUUCCCACAAGUUAUCCCCAAAACUUCAGACCUAGUUUUCUCCAAAAUUUCCAUCCUUUUGGUCCUCCAAGCAACUACCAACCAUAUCGACACCCUCCAAUCUUUCAAGGUGCUCAGCAACAAGAAUAUUAUGGGCAACCUACUCCAGGAAGCUUGGAAGGUUUUCAACUUCAAGAAAAUCUGGUGCACUCAUUUAACCAAGCAUUUGGAUUUGCAGCCAAUAGAUCACAGUUUGCUUCUCCAUGUCAUACAAGACAUAAUGAGAAAGAAGUAGUUGAGGUUGAAGAGGCAAGUGAUAGCAGUGAAGAAGGAAGAAGAGGGACACGCAUCAAUUGGACUGAAGAUGACAAUAUACGACUAAUGAGUUCUUGGUUGAACAAUUCAGUUGAUCCCAUCAAAGGCAAUGACAAGAAAUCAGAACAAUAUUGGAAGGCUGUAGCUAGAGAGUUCAACAGCAAUAUGCCUAGUAAUGGGAACAAAAGGAACCCCAAGCAAUGCAGAACACAUUGGGACAAUGUCAAGAGAGAUGUCACUAAGUUCUGUGGAUUUUAUUCUAAAGCUAGAACUACUUUCACAAGUGGGUAUUCUGAUGAUAUGAUAAUGGAGAAAGCCUGUGAAUGGUACAAAAAGCACAACAACCAAAAACCUUUCACCUUGGAGUAUAUGUGGAAAGAUCUUAAAGAUCAACCUAAAUGGCGUAGAGUCCUUGAAGAGAGUAGCCAUAAUAAGAGGAACAAGAUUUCUGAAUCAGGAGCAUAUACUUCAUCGUCGAACCAAGACACAGAGGAGGAAACAGAGCGCAAAGAGAAGCGCCCUGAGGGGCAGAAGGCAGCAAAACAGAGGCAAAAAGGAAAAGGUGCACCAUCACCUUUAGGGGAUAAGCCAAGUCAAAAUAUGGUUCUCUUUCACGAAGCUAUUACAACUAAAGCAGCAGCAUUGCUAAAGGCAGCAGAAGCAACACUGAUUGGAGCAGAAGCAAAAAAAGAGAAGGCGAUUGCAAAAAAAGAGAAGGCAAGGGCAGAAAAAUACCAAAUGUAUUUAAAACUGAUGGAGAAGGAUACAUCAACCUUUAGUGAAGCAAAACUGAAGAGACAUGAAAAUGUGUUGGACCAAUUAGCUAGAGAACUUGCUGAGGAAUAAAUGACUAGCAAGCAAUGUUAGCAAUUAUGCUUAUUUUAUAAUGUCAGUAUUCUUGUCAUAUAUUAAAAUUAUGUACUGUGUUGAUGCUUGUACUGUGAACCUAUUUGUACUGUACUAUGUUAUGGUAAUUUGUAUAAAUAUUGUGUAUUACAGCUAUGGAAUGAAACUACAAUAUCCUUAGUACUUGAG